AAACUUCGUUCCAAACGCUGCGAGGGGCGGCAGUUGUACUGCUCGUCGUCUCCAAAACAGUCUCCGUUGACAAGUCCAAAGAACCCUUCUUCGCCCCAAACCCUAUCUUCCUCAAUCCUCUCUCAUUCUUCUUCCUCCUCCUCCUCCUCCUUUCUCUUUCUUCAAUCAAACCCUAUUUCUCAUUUUCACUUUGUCCCCAAUGUCCUCCACCACUGAAUUAUUCUCCAACUUCAAAGAAACGAGCCAAUCCGUCAUGGCUUCUCGUCGUCCAUGGCGUCAGCUCCUCGACCUCUCGGCUCUCAGCUUCCCUUCUUCUAUCUCCGAUGCUACCACCCGAAUAGCCCAAAACGUUUCCCAUUUUUUCUCCAACUAUGCCCUCAUCGUUCUUAUCAUUCUCUUCCUCAGCCUCAUCUACCACCCUUUUUAUAUGAUUAUCUUCUUGAUUGUUUUCGCCGGAUGGUAUUUCCUCUACUUCUCGCGCGAGGAGCCUGUCAGUAUCUUCAAUUGGGUAGUGUUGGACGAUCGAGUCGUGGUCGUGGGGCUCGGUAUAAUCACUGUCGUGGCUUUGAUUCUGACUCAUGUGUGGCUUAAUGUACUGCUAUCGAUAGUGAUUGGGGUGGGGCUUGUCUGUCUGCACGCGGCUUUUAGAGGUACUGAAGAUCUUGUUAUGGAUGAUCAAGAAUCCCCGUAUGGACCUAUGCUUUCUGGUGGUACAGCUGGACCUUAUGUCCCUGUAUAAUUGAGUUUCUUGAAUUGUUAAUUGAUCAAAGAAGUGGAAGGUACAGUCUUCUGUAGCUUUUUGUUUUUCAGUCUUUGUUCUGUAAAGUCACAAGAUUAUCAAUUUGAUUUGGAUUCCGGUUCUUCAAAUGUAGAUUGAUACUAUUCUAUUUAGCCGAUUUAGAUAGAUUUGGUACCUUCCGACAUUUAUUCUUCUUCUGUGCCCUGUCAUUUUCUUUUAUAGGGAACAUAUUAGUGUUGGUGAAUGUGUAAAAUGGGCAUUUAUGGGGCUACAUCUUAUGAUUGGAAAUCCGUUGGUGGGAUUAUUGGUAUUUGGAAAACUCUUAAAUCUGAUAGUCUGGUUUGAUAAGGACACAAUUUCCUGAUUUUCUUUUUA